UUAAUUCUCUCCUUAGAGAUUGUGAAGGUAGACACUACAACAUGUUUGAAAAUGAUCACAGACAGUUGAUGGAGAAGAUUGAGAACAUCGUGCAUGAGAACAAAGGAAAAUUCCUCACAGUCACUGAAGAGACCAUCAGACCAAAGUCUGAACACAUCAAACCACCUGAAGGGAUAAGAAGAAUAAAAUCUGAACUCAUCAAACCAUCUUUAAACCUGGUUCUGUGUGGGAGGAGAGGAGCAGUGAAGACGUCAGCAGCCAAGGCCAUUUUAGGUCAGACUGAGCUUCAUUCAGCCUCCAACUCAUCAGAGUGUGUUAAACAUCAGGGAGAGGUGUGUGGACGUUGGGUUUCCCUGGUGGAGCUGCCUGCCUUGUAUGGAAAACCUCAGGAGGCAGUGAUGGAGGAAUCACUCAGGUGUAUCUCCCUCUGUGAUCCUGAGGGUGUCCAUGCCUUCAUCCUGAUCCUACCUGUGGGUCCCCUCACUGAUGAAGACAAGGGAGAGUUAGAGACCAUCCAGAACACAUUCAGCUCUAGAGUCGAUGACUUCACCAUGAUUCUGUUCACUGUCAAGUCAGAUCCUACAGAUCCAGCUGUUGGUAACUUUGUAAGACAAGACAAGGACAUUCAGAAGCUCCAUCAGACUUACAGAGGACAAUAUGUUGUUCUCAACAUCAAAGAAAAGCGAAUGAUUGCAAAGCUUCUGCAUGAAGUGGAUAAGAUGAAAGCUAAAGGAUCCAAGUGCUUCACAAAAGAAAUGUUCACCAAAGCUCAAAUGGAGAAGGUAACAAGACUUAAAGCUGAACUUCAGGAAGUUAAACACAGCAGUGUGGCUUCAUCUGAUGAUGCACAUCAAACUGAACAGUCCAUCAGGAUGGUGCUGCUCGGAAAAACUGGCAGUGGGAAAAGUGCAACUGCAAACACCAUUUUGGGCAAAAAGGUGUUUUUAUCUAAAGUCAGUCAGAUUUCUGUGACCAGAGAAUGUCAGAAAGCAGCAGGAGAGAUUGAUGGAUGUCCUGUUGUUGUGGUCGACACCCCCGGCUUGUUUGACACGACUCUGUCCAGUUAUGAAGUUCGACAAGAGCUUCUGAACUGUAUCAGCAUGUUGUCUCCUGGACCUCACGUGUUCUUACUGGUGCUGCAGAUCGGUCGAUUUACAGAGGAGGAGAAAGAAACUGUGAAAAAGAUCAAAGAGAUUUUUGGAAAGAAGUCAGGAAACUUCAUCAUUGUUACCUUCACCAAAGAAGAUGAGCUUGAAGACACUAUUGAAAGUUACAUAGAAGAAGACUGUUCUGAUUUUGUAAAAACUCUGAUUGAUGACUGUGGAGGCAGAUACCACGUCUUCAACAACAAAGAUCCAAAAAACCGUAGACAAGUGUCAGACCUGCUGAUGAAAAUUGAAGCCAUGUUGAAAGACAAUUAUGGCGGAUACUACACCACUGAGAUGUUCCAAGAGGCUGAGGCAGCGAUACAGAAGGAGAUGGAGAGGCUGCUGAAACAGAAGGAUGAAGACAUGAUGAGAGAGAGGGAGGUGCUUAAAAGGAAACAUGAAGGAGAAAUGCAAAAAGUAAAAAGACAAAUGGAAGAACAGAUCUCUAAAUUUGAGUCUGAGAAAGAGCAGAGCUUGAAAAAACUCAAGCAGAUGGAGGAACGCAUUAACCAGGAGCGAGAAGAGAGAGAGAGAGAACGGAAAAUCAGAGAAGAUGAAAACAGAAAGAGGAAAGAAGAGGAAGAAACUCAACGACAACAAUGGAAACUAAAACUGGAAACUUUGGAGAAGCAAAUAGAAUCCGAAUCAAAGGAAGAGCUCAUCAGAGAGCUGGAGCAAAACAGAGAAGAAAUGAGAAGAGAGAGAGAGGCCUGGGAGAUGGAAAGGAAAGACUGGUGGGACAAUAAGUAUCAAGAAAGUAAACAGAGACGAGAAGCAGAAGAUAAGAAAAUCAAAAAGCUGACAGAAAAAUAUGAAAAGGAAAAAGAAGAUUAUCACAGAAGAAUAAAAGAUGACAGUGUCAGAAUAGAACAGGAGGAAAGAAAAAGAAGAGAAUUAGAGAAUGACAACAAGAAAAAAAUGAAACAAAUGAAGCAGAAACAUGAAGACGAGGCCAGAAAUCAAGCUGAAGAGCUCAAUGACUUCAAAGAGAAAUACACCAGUGACUUUGAAUCUCUGAUAGAGAAAUAUAAUGAUGAGAUAAGGGAUCUGAAGGAAACAUAUAAGAUGUUGAUGCAAAAGCAUGAGAAACACAAACAUGAGUAUUCUCAUUUGCACAAGGUCUCCAGUGACAAAGAAGAAAGACUGAAGAAAGAAUUGGAGGAAAUGCAGAAAAAGCAUGAAGAAAAAAUUAACAAAUAUAAACAAAAACAUAAAUGCAUCAUAGCCUGAUGACUUUAAACAGUGCAGCAGUAAAACAGAGAAGAACACAUGAGUUUCAUACCAGUGUUUGAAAGUGAACAUAAAAUAAAACAUGGAACAUCACAAAGGACCUACAGUUGCCUCAGACCAGAGAGCGAGUGAUAGAGAGAGCACCACUUUUGUUUGUUUGUUUUUUCAAUUAACAAAGCAGCAAAAUGCAAAAUCGCUGCUGAAAUCUGUCAUUUUUAAUUUUUAGACUCUGGAAAGGCAGCAGUGUCAGCAAGACACCAACAUUAGUGUUUAUUAUCAGAGCCAUAUUUUUACACUGAGUGUUUUUACUAUUGUGCCCAGCAGGUGGUGCUCUCAUAAAAGGACAUUAAUCUUCUCCGUUUGAAAGUAAAAGUAAUUCAAAGUAAUUCACCAAAUUAUUGUCUGUUAAUGAUUUCCACUGCAAACCUGGAAAUACUGAACAGUCUACAGAUGAUGUAUUUGAAAUAUUAAGUGUAUGAUUUGUAUUAUAUGAGCCACAAACAUUUUAUGGCAGGAUUAAAAACAUAAUAAUAAUUUCUGAUCUGUUCUUUGCAAGUCAUAUUCAUUUAAAUAGGAAGAAAAAUAGUUGUGAAAAACUUACUUUGUAAACAAUAAGAUAACAUACAUUUAGAUAUAAAAUUGGUAAAUAUCAAAAUACAUGCACAUAAUAAUUAUGGAUAUUGAGGGUUUAAAAAACUUAUAUGAUGCUACUACAUUAUUUUCUAAUGUGUCUUUGUAAGCAUUUAUUUGAGCACUGUGUUUAUAUAAAGUUUGAUACAAUUAUUUAAGGGGUAGGAAAUGUUUUAUUGACUUUUAUUGACUUAUGAACAGUUUUACUCUGAUUUUAUUGGUGGAUACUAUACACGUGCAGUGCCA